AUGACAAGAAUUCCGACAGUGAACUGUAAUCACUUGAAGUGGCGCAUCAGCUGGGCUCUUAGGAAUAUUAAUGGGAGUUCGGCCAAAUCUGUCAUCGGAGUUGGCCUGGGCAUCGCAGUGGUUGCUUUUGGAGGUCGUUACGCGUUCCAACUCCGGAAACCUUUAGAAGAAAUCUUCUCCCAGGUAGCAAGGAACAUUUCAGCUACUACCGUUUCUUCGUAUUACAAAGGCGGAUUCGAAUCGAAAAUGAAUGUUCGGGAAGCUAGUCUUAUUUUAGGCAUAAGUCCAUCUGCUGGCAAGGCCAAGAUUAGAAAUGCUCACCGGAAAAUCAUGAUUCUGAACCACCCAGAUAAAGGUGGAUCUCCAUAUCUGGCAACCAAAAUCAACGAAGCCAAGGAUCUGCUGGAAUCAAGCAGGAAAAAUUAAGAGAUUUUCACCUCAGAAACUUUUUAGAGGCCACACAAAAACUUCUUCCUUUCCCAUUUGUAGGGGAACCACAGCACAGAAACCAAACUUUGGGCUUGUUUAAUAAAGUUUCAGCAGAUUUGAAGACGGCGUUUCAGGGAGUUCAUACUCAAAUCCAGGCUCCACGCUUCAAAACUCAUCAUAAAUGAGGGCCUCAGGGGGAAUAUUAUCCUACAAGUGUAAAACCGCAAUGCAGAAAAAGUUAGGAUUGAUAUCCUCUUUUAAUACGUCAAAUCCAGGUUUUUAGUUUUUUGGCAGCAAAAAAAAAAAAAAAGGCUUUUGUUUCCUUUGAAAAACCAGAAGCGUUGUAGAUUAUAAUGAUUCAUCAUCUUUUAAUAACCCAUAAUCCUGUGCGAGGUAGAGUGUGGGCAACUGAGUGGAGCUGAGUUUUUACUGGCCGGAUGCCCUUCCUGUCGCCAAUGUGGAGUUUUGUUCAGCAGAUAUAUUCUCAGUGUGCCCAGAGAGAGAAAUAUCUGCCUCUAUCUAGGAUCGAACUCACAACCUCCGGACUGUGAGGCGAGAACUCCACCUCUAGGCCACCGCACCACUCUGUAGAUUAUAAUGAUUAUAGUGUCCAAAUAUGAACUCCUAGUCCACCGUGAAAAUUAAGAAAUGGAUGCUUUAGACAUGUGAAUUUACCCCAUCUCAGAGAAGUGAGCAGCUCCUCUUUUACCUAAGCUACCUGUCUUAUUAUUAAAUUUUAAAUAUUUUAAAGAUAUUUCUAUUCGUUAGAUGUUUUCGCUCUCCAGUGACUUUUUUCUGGUGGCACAUUUUUGGUCUCGGUCCCGAGGCCUCAACUUGGAUAAAAAGGUGUCCUCCCUUCAGCGAAGGGUACAAAUUUGACAUGUUCAAUGAAAAGGUUUGAUUGACUUUCACUAAUGAGGCAGGUGUAACGGGGGGAAAAAAACCGUUCCGUUAUCUCCGUGUGAUCUGCCUUCCUUUCCCCCAAAGCAAAAUUGCUCUAGUAAGCCAUGAAAAUAUUUAUUUUCGCUCGAUUGUGCGAGACGACGCGAGCUGCAAAUUCCCCCGUUGAAUCCUUGCUCCUGUUGAGGGAAACGGUGUGUCAAAAGCUGAGGUAAAAAUGGAAACAAACGUAUAUAAAAAUUGUUGCCCUUCCGACAUUCCACUUUGUGAUCUAAAUGACCUUCUGUUACACGUGAAUAUAUAUAUAUUUGCC